GCUACGAAUUCUGCCAGACAACAAAAACUGACGAAAUGCAAGUCAAAUCAUCUCAAAUGUGACGUCCAUCACGGAGCUGUCCAAAAACUGAAGCAUAUCAGGCCAAUGAUGGCACGGCACUGCCAUACUCAGUUUGAUAGCACACCCGCAACUGUUGCAUUCCUCCUCUCAACCGUGCCCCCUUGCCUACUCGUUUCAUUGACCCCAACGCCCAUCAUGACAUUCAUUCCAACUUAUUGGACCACUCGUUCAAAUUCAACCACCUCUGUGUCCCCAUCCAACCUAACCCCUUCACUUGACUUCCCGGCAACAGAGCAACCAGUCCCAUACGUCCUGCUGCUCCACAAACUCGAGUCUUACGUGAUUCAAGGAAAACUCCUUCGCUGGAUCAAGGCGUUCCUAUCAGACAGAUCAUUCCAAGUGAGAAUAGACUCGACCUAUUCCUCUCCGGCGCCGGUCUCCAUUGGAGUUCCUCGAGGCUCCGCCCUGGGACCACUCCUGUUUCUGAUCUACGUCAACCACCUCCCAGAUGUUUUUGCGAGUCCAUGUCUAUCUUUAGCGGACAACUUGAAAUCCUGGAAUUCCAAUGCCAGUGCCCUCCAAAUGGAUUUGGACGCUGCAAAGCAGUGGUCGUUGGACUGGCACCUUCCUCUGAAUGAUGAAAAGUGCGUCCAUAUGUCGUUUGGAGGGGAUUCAGCGAAUGCCUUUGUUAUGCAUGGUGAAAAGGGACCAGAAAACAUCAUGAGGAUAGAUGCCAUAAAGGAUUUGGGCAUCUGGGUCUCCUCAAACUUGUCCUUCGCACUACACCAUGAGAAAUCGGCCCAAAAGGCAUUCGCCGUUUUACGGAUGAUCCGACGUACCUUCUCCCGUAUUACGGGAGACGUCAGACCGCUCCUGGAGUACGCCAACAAAGUUGUCUACUCAGGACGUACGAAAGACGUUACCCUCAUUGAGCGUGUCCAGCGGGCCGCCACGAGAAUAGUUGCCGGCCUCAAGUCCGUGGACUACGAAACGCGUCUCGCGACGCUUGAUCUAUUUCCCCUGGAGUACCGUCGCCUCCAAGGGGACCUAAUUCUUACCUACGCCCUGUUUGAACAAAGCUUGACAAACAGGUUUUCCGGAGGAGAGCUGAACACGUGCUACAACUGUCUGGAUGUCCAUUCGGCAAAUGGAUAUGGGAAUCAUACAGCAGUAAUUUUCGAUAGCCCUGUAACCCAGUCUCGAUCAACCCUGACUUACGAUGAUCUCCUGAGGAAGGUUUCCUUGUUUUCUGGGGUUCUGAGUCGAAAGUUCAAUGUACGAAAAGGAGACACUGUUGUUAUUUACAUGCCAAUGGUUGUUGAAUGUAUGGUGGCAAUGCUUGCGUGCUCCAGAAUUGGUGCAGUCCACGCAGUUGUUUUUGGUGGCUUUUCGGCGGAACAGUUGGCCUCUCGAAUCAAAAGCGCACAACAUUUUCUUUCUUGCCUUUUCAAGCCAAAGGUAAUCGUGACCGCCUCAUUCGGAAAAGAAAGACAGAAGCUGGUUUCUUACAAACCAACCGUAGAUAAUGCCAUCAAAGCUGCUGGAUAUGUCGCUGGAGAUUUCCCCUGCAUCCUGUACAAUCGUCCAGAGUUUGAGAAGGUUGAACUGGACGCCAAGAAGUCGUGGUUUGACUGGGAUGAACUGAUGUCAUCAACCCAACCGCAUGAUGCAGUUCCCGUUGAGGCCAAUCAUCCACUUUACAUCCUGUACACUUCCGGAACCACAGGCAUACCCAAAGGGAUCGUACGACCUAAUGGGGGACAUGCGGUUGCCUUAAAAUAUACGCUGGCGAACGUGUUUGGAAUGAAUCCUGGAGAUCGGUGGUGGGCGUCCAGCGAAUUCGGAUGGGUCGUCGGGCAUUCGUUUUGCUGCUACGGACCGUUGCUACAUCGUACUACCUCGGUGAUAUAUGAGGGCAAGCCCGUUCAUACCCCAGAUGCAGCGCAAGUGUUCCGCGUGCUUCAUGAGUACGGCGUCAAUGGAUGGUACACAACCCCUAGUGCACUGCGUUCCAUUCGACAAGAAGAUCCGUUUUUGAGUCAGAGCAAAAAGUACCGUGAACAACUGGACAAACUUCGAUACGGCUUUGUCGUUGGAGAGCACUGUGACGCUGAGACGCUGACGUGGCUUGCUAAUGGAUUACCGAAGCAUGUGAGACUGAGUGACAGUUGGUGGCAGACAGAAACCGCUUGGCCAAUGACCUCUAGUUGCUUUGGCUUGAAGGGUGGCUACUUACCUCAGAAUGGUGUUACGACACCAAUGGGAUCGGCAGGCAGGCCGGUACCGGGGUUCAACAUUAAAAUCGGAUCAACUAUUGAACGCAAAGAGACGGAUCAUGAUGAAAUCGGCUACGUUGAUCAGGAGCUAGAUAGAAUUCUAGUCAAACUACCUCUACCCCCUGGCGCAGCAUCCACAUUUUGGAACGACCAUGAGCGAUUCAUGAACUUUUAUUUUUCGGCAUAUCCGGGCUACUACGACACAAUGGAUGUGGGCACGAUCGAUAAGGAUGGAUUUGUAUACAUUCUCUCCCGUGCUGAUGACGUGAUUAACGUGGCUGGUCAUCGUUUGAGCACAAGUGCAAUUGAGGAAGCGUGCUACAGAGAUGAGAACGUGAUAGACUGUGCCGUGAUACCCGUACCGCAUCAAAUUAAAGGUUAUGUACCCUUUGGUCUGCUUGUGACUAAAAAGGAAUGCAAAAAAACGGCUGAGCAAGUUAUUCGGGACUCGAUAGCUUCCGUGCGAGAAAAUGUAGGGCCGGUUGCAUCGUUCUCGCAGGCCUGUGUUGUGCCCGCCCUGCCAAAAACCCGAUCGGGAAAAAUUGCCAGACCAAGUCUAGCAAAUAUGGCGUCUGGGAAGCCAAUCAAAGUGCCUCCAACCAUCGAAGAUCCUGGAGUGUAUCAUGCGAUAUAUGACGCUUUGAAGCAGAGUGGUCUCAAUCCAACAAAACCAGAAUGAAUGCCUUUCAGAGGAGUCGUUCAUCAGCAACUCAAAGCUCCAACAAAUACGUUCACAUGGACGCAGAUUAUGCCGUCUUUGAAUAUUCAUAACUGAGUGAAAUGCUGUCACUUGUAUUUUUCUAACUCAAACGUAUCUGUCUUUACACAGAACCUUUUCAAGACACCAGUGAAGCUGUGAUCUUACAACUGCUACGAGGAUUUUAUCGCAUCUAUUUUUCUUCUCGGUCACUUUUUAUCCUAAACCUUGAUUUAUUGAUUUCCUUUAGUUUCUACCUCUCAUCCCUUAUCUAUUGUUUGUCACCAGGAUACUUUGUUUUUUUACUUGCUCCUUUGUAGUUUACCUAUUUCUGCCCAAUAAUGAUAUUU